AUGAGCUCGACCACAACAUCAACAACAUCAACUACGUCGACGACUGGAGUAUCAGCAGCCUCAGCGGUGGCCGCUGCAUUGGGCAUCACUACACCGGUGUCCCCAACACUCCAGUUGUCAUUGCGAUCAAAGAAGACGAUCUGCUCGCAGUCGUCACCUGCCUAUGGCUGCGAUGCCAAGCUGCAGCAGUUUGAUGCCACAGAGUACAAGCACAUCCAGUACAGCGCCGACGGCUCGCUGAUCGCCUACGUGCACGCACUGCACGUGGCCAUUCACAAGGCCGACAGCGGCGCCUUCUACACCAAGCUCGACCGUCCGGGCAUCGUGCACAUCAGCUUCUCGCCCGUCAACUCGUACAUGCUCACGUGGGAGCGUCCCACCGAGGCCAACAACAACGAGAACAACCUGUUGGUGUGGGACAUCACCGUCGCGGGCGGCAACGCCAACAUCAUCUACAGGGCGUCGCAGAGGAACUGCAACGCCGAGGCGUGGCCCCUGAUCAAGUGGACAGACGACGAGAUGAUCGCCGGCCGAUUGGUGACCAACGAGAUUCAGUUCUUCAACGGUCGCAACAUUGGCAUGGUGGCCAAGCAUCUCAAGCUGCCUCACGUUGCCGGCUUUGAGUUUGCGCCUGGCGAUGCGCCAUACAAGUUCUCGACGUUUGUGCCCGAGAACAAGAGCGCACCCGGCAUGUGCAGGAUCUACGUCUAUCCCAACAUCAGCGAGCAUGCGUCGCACCUCUCCUUCUUCAAGGCCAGCGAGGCCAUCAUGGAGUGGAACCGCAAGGGCACCUCCCUGCUGAUCCACACGUCGACCGAUACGGACAAGACAGGCAAGAGUUACUACGGCGAGACGGGACUGUGGUUCCUGGCGCUGGACGGCACGAGCUACACGCUGGGCAUCAAGGGCCCCAUCCACGAUGUAAAGUGGUCGCCAACGAUCGACCAGUUCAUCGUCAGCUACGGCAACCCCUUCCAGACGACAUUGUUUAACGUCAAGGGCACGCCCCUCGUCGACUUUGGCACGCUGCCGCGCAACACCAUCCGCUUCUCGCCCAACGGCAAGCUGCUGAUGCUUGGAGGCUUUGGCAAUCUGCAGGGUGACAUGGACUUUUGGGACCUGACCAAGUUUAGGAAGAUCAUUUCGACGCAUGCGCACUGCGCCACUCUCACAGAGUGGGCGGCUGACUCUGUGCACUUUGUCGUGGCAUUCCUGUCGCCACGUAUCCGUGUCGAUAAUGGACUCAAGGUGAUCAAGUACGACGGCAGCGUAAUCUACAAGGAGGCGAUUCCCGAUCUCUACCAAGUACAGUGGCGACCACAAAACCCUCUGGCCUUCCCCGAUGAGAGGAUCGUCAUGCCACCCGCCUCAGCCAUCAAAGAGACCGCGCCACCCGCCAAAUACACGCCACCCAGUCAGAGAGCCGCACUUGCAGCACAAGCAGCGACCUCGCAGAAGGAGACCGUGUCUCCCAACCCCCCAGGAUUCAAGAUUUACACGGUGGGCAGCGGCGGCAGCUCGUCAGUGGCACAGACAUCAUCACCAACCGAACGAAGGAAGCCAGAGAAGAAGCCCAGCAAGCCAAAGGAAACAGCGCAACCACCAGCAACACAGCCACAACAGCCAGGUAGGGAGAAGUCCCCAGAGGAGCUGCGAGAGAAGAAGAUCAAGGCGUUGGAGAAGAAGCUGAAGGAGAUUGAGCAGCUGAGGACCAAGUUGGAGCUGGGCGAGCACAUGCCACCCACAGCCAUCGAGAAGGUACACAACGAGGUUCGAUAUAGAGAGGAGCUGAAUCAAAUGCUUCGUCAGGCGACCUCCUCCACCUCCCAGCAGCAAUAG